AUGAAGCGGCCUUCUGAAGACAGCAGCUCCCGGGAAAGUGACUCGGACGAACUCAUUGAUGUCGGCUGUGAACACGUGUAUUCAGGUCGUAUAACGGCGUCCUUCAUAAGUUGUGCCUCUCCCUCCACAACGACUCAAGUCAAAGCCCGGAAGAAGCGCAGAGGGAUAAUUGAGAAGAGGCGCAGGGACCGCAUCAACAACAGCCUGUUAGAGUUAAGGAGACUGGUGCCGUCUGCGUUUGAGAAGCAGGGCUCGGCUAAACUGGAGAAAGCAGAGAUCUUACAGAUGACUGUGGACCAUCUCAAGAUGCUCCAGGCUCCUGGAGGAAACGCUUACUUCGAGGCCCAGGCCGUGGCGCUGGACUUCCUGGGGCUGGGUUUUAGGGAGUGUGUGGGGGAGGUGUCCCGGUACCUGGCCUGUGUGGAGGGACUGGACUGUUCGGACCCUCUGCGCUCCAGACUGCUGUCCCACCUUAGCAGCUGCGCCUCCCGCCUGCACCUGCCUCAGCACCACUACCCCCCACCGCGCCCCUACUGGCCCCCGAGACCUGCCCUGUUCGGACUGGUGCCCGUCGAAGCCCCGGGGUGUGUUCCGGUCCUUUCCCCUCACGGCCUCAGCUCGGUGCAGGCUCAGGGCGCGCCACCUGGCCCUUCCCCCGCGGCCUCCACUGGUCACUGCAGGAAACCGUACCGACCGUGGGGCACUGAGGUGGGGGCUUUCUGA